UACCUUACGAAAUUAUUUAUUUUUCAAUUGUUCAAGAUAUUAUUGUUAAUUAAUAGAUUUAUUAAAUACUGUACACCAUUUGGAACUUCUUUAAAAUUAUAUGGUUACGUUUUUUAGUAAAACCAUUUAACCGGUGCAAUAUAAAAUAUGGUCUACUUAAGUUGUAAAAAUGAAAUACUGCAAAAAUGGAAAUAUAGAUUUGAAUACUGAAGAUUUUUGUUAGUACUAAUGCAUUUAUGUUAUAGUUUAACACUGCAAUAAGUAUCUAUUAGAACAAGAGGCUUUAAAUAACAUUGGAUUAGAUAAUAGGAAAUGUACUGAUAUUUUUUAAGAUGAACAUAGAAAAUGAUAUUCAUAAUCACUAUCAACAACACUGGUUUAGUGCAGGACUUGAGAAAUUUAAAUUGGAAGACAGAUCUAGAGAAGAAAAAAUAGAAAUAACAAGACACGAAUUUCGAAGGUAUAUCCACCAAAUAGUUAGAAGUGACGUGGGCAAACCUAAUUUAUUUGUAAAUUUAUCUGAGAAGCUCAUAGACGAAGUCUCUCCUAUCAUAAAAAACGGGUAUCGAUCUGGAAGCAGUCGAUUAGUUGCUCCUAGAAUGUGCGAAAUCAAAAAAUGUUCAAAGCCAGCGUUGCCUUGUACCAAACAUUGCAUUUUGCAUAUUAUGUUCAAUCCCGAACAAAUUCUAUUCGAGUAUUGUACUGCCAAAUUUUCAGAUAACACUCAAUGUUCUACACCUGUCCUUGAUAUAUCCCAUGAACUUCCCUUAUGUGCGGAACAUGCAAGGAAAAGGGACAACUAUAAAUUAUUUCAAGAAGGAAAACCCAAGAAACUUAAGAGGAAAGUGAAACUUUCAGCAAUGAUUAGACCACAAAAAAGAAAUAAAAAACGAAAAAGAUCAAGUACAAAAUCGGAAGAAAUGAACAUAUCUUUAUCCAAUAGUUUAUUAGAUACGUCUAUUAAAACAUCUAAUUCAGAUAUUGAUGAUAUAACGGAAGCGGAUUCAUCAAAUCUAGAAGUUGAGGAUAUUCAAAUAGUCGAUCAAGUUCUCGGUUUGAAUGGAAGUACUUUACAAACACAACCUCACCUUUUAGAAGAAAAUGACAUAAAUAACGUGCUCAAUACAAUAGAAGUGGACGAAUUUGAUGAUUUCUUCACAGUUAAUCGAAAUGGGGAGUAUGAACCUUCUAGGGAAGAAACGGAGGAAUUGGAAAAGGCGCUGGCCGCCGUUGAUAACGACGUAAAAUCCUUGGAGAAGCUGAGCCAAUCUCAGGGCCUUCUAGACUCUCUUUUGGACGAAAACGCAUUAAGUGAAACGUUAGUACAAAUUCCAGAAAUGUUCCAUAAUGGAUAUACAACUUGUGGUGGUAAUGUGGUUGCACAGACUUCGUCGUUUCUUCUUCCCGUGGACAAUCAAUCACAUUCCUAACAAUUCCAAAAAAUAGUACAAUGUUUUAAUUUUAACCGUCAUAUAAUGUCAUUGUUUAUUUUAUUACGUUGCAUGCAGUGUUAGCGUAUGAUAGACUAAGUUGUAAGAACUACAAUAUUUAUUAACAUUACAUUAAUAUAAUUUUAGAA